AUGAGGAAAGCUUCACAAGUGCAAAGGUUACGAGAGGAACAGGACAGAGCUGUUCAAAUUACAAAUGAUGAAAUUGAUAAAUGGAAAAAAUUGAACACUGACUAUAAGAAUCUUUCAGAUCGUCUGUUGACUCUACCCAACAAAAUAACCCAUGAAGUAAUGGUUCCUUUUGGUCCGUUUGCCUUCAUGCCAGGACAAUUGGUGCACACGAAUGAAAUCAUGGUCCUUCUUGGAGACAACUGGUUUGUAGAAAGAUCGGCCAAACAAGCAACUCAAAUUGUUAAAAGGAGAAUAAAAUCCACAGAAAAACAAUUGGAAGACCUGCAACUUCAGAAAAAUCUUUUGGUAAAUCGAACUAGUUUUACCAAUGAAAUUCAUCAUCUUACCGAGGGAAUGGGUGACAUAAAAGAAAUUAAUGAAAAAUAUGAUGAAGAAAAGGAGAAAGAAUGGAAAGUUCAGCAUAAAAAGAACGUUAAAAAGUACCAUGCUGAUUUGCAACGAAAGAAACUUGAGGAUAAAGAAGCAAAUCAAAAGAAACAGGAAGAUCAAAGUCUUUGGGAAAGAUUGGAGGAAUUGGAGAAAUUAGAAGCAGAACGAAAUGAAUUAGAUGAGGAUGAUACUGCUGCUGAUACUAAACCCUCUCAAGAAGAGAGCCAGCCACCUCCAAGUGCUGAAAGAACACUUUCCCCAGGUCAAAAGACUGUUCGGUGGUUAGAUGAAUUAACAGAGGAGAAGGAUCCCACAGACAGUUCAAGUUCAGAAUCUGACGAAGGUACAGAGCACGACAAGAGGACAGAAAAUAAAGGAAAUCCUGGAGUGAUUCACUUUACUCAUUCCCCUGUUGUGCCUUGUUUAACAGAGUUGCCAGCAGCAACCCAAAAGGAGGAAGGAAGUGGUAUGAUAAUUAACAGUCCAACUGAUAUCUAUAAAUAUUUUGGGCAAAAAUCUCAAACAGCACCUAAAUCUAUUCUGAAGUCGACAUCCUUUGAAGGAAAUUUACCCCAGGAAAAUAGUUCGAGUGUUCCAGUUAAGAUGAUUGAACAAAAAAGCCAUUUCCAGAGAGAAAAGGCAGUUACUGAAGAAGUCGUGGAGAAGAUUCCUCAGAUGCCCAUUAACAAAAAUACGGAUUCAGAUACAAAACCCCAACAGCCAAAACCAGUGUCCAGAUUCAAGGCUUCUCGCUUGCAAAGGUGA